AUGGACGGAAAGACAACAAUCAUCGUCAAGGCAGUCGUGAUCCCCCUCGGAUUCCUCGUCCUCAUCCUCAGCAUCACCGCGAUUUUCGUCCUCAAAUGUCGCAUGGACCGCAAGAAAGAUGAACGGGAGAAUCUUAACUACUCGUUCGCGCCUUAUGAGCAAUGGCAGACUCCUCAGCAGCCUGAUAACCAACAAUGGCAGGCUGCCCAGCACUCUCACAAUCAAUGGCCUAUGAAUCAAUACCCGACGGCGUCGGCGCAGAUGGAGAAACCGGUACCGGUUGCAUAUCCAAUACAGUAUCAGAGUCGGCUUGACUCGAAGGGUCAAGUUUGA